AUGCAUCAGGACGUGGUGUGUACGGGCGACUCUGACGCGUUUCUGUUUGGAGCCAAGGCCGUGGUUCGGGAUAUCUGCCUGCACAAAGCAGCAAGCGGUGUUCAGGAGGAAUAUGAUAAGAUGAGUGCGUUACAGAAGCACUGCAGCCCUUCAUAUGCUGACAUCGUCGCCUUCUGUGACAGGCACAUGGCAUGGCCUGCUGACGUCACAGCACGGUACAUUGGGUCAAAGCUAGCAGAACGAGACCUCAGGCGCUUGCUGCUGGUGCAGCAGGCAGCAGAGAUCUGUGUGACACCAGGGAAGGAAGCUUCCAGGGAACCCGAGGAAGUCGGGGGGAUGCUAGAUGGAGUGAGGUACAGGGUGGGCGGCAUAGUGAAGGAGCGGUGGGUGGCUGGUCAUAGGAUGUUCGAGGUUUCGUGGACCGGGCAGCCUGAAGUUGAAAACUCGGUUGUUCGGGCAGAAUUACUCACGAGGGUUCAUCCGGAAAUGGUGCAAGCAUAUGAAGCAGAGAAGGAGGCUGGAAGGAAGAAGGGCCGACGGAAACAGCAGAAGAAGGCAAUGGAGACGAGGGAGGCGAAGGAGAAGGAAACGAUGGAGAAGAGUGAGUUCAUGACUGGCUUGAGAGAGGCACCCAUAAAUGAUGCUUGUGGCGGAUAUACGGAGUGGGAGGAUGAGACGGAGUACCAGCAGACUCAAGGUGUGGCAGAGCAACCAGUCCAUACAGAUAAUUCAGUGGCAGAGUGGUCACGUACAUUGCUGUUUUCAGUAACGAAUGGCAGCAGUGAGAGAAUCAGUGCAGAUGCGGGUACAUCUGCUGAUUUGGAGGGAGACAGGGAGCCAUUCAGCAGAUUGGAGCCCAGCCUCUAUGAUCAGUUGGGCUUGCCCUCCAGAAUCAGGCAGAUCGAAAGCGACCAGGCUGCUCUAUCCUCUGCACAGAAUCAUGACAUACAAGCAAGGGGAGCGGUGCAUCAGAUGAAGAAGAUUGUUGAGAGUGCGAGCCAUGAGGAGGAUGUGGUUGAAGCGGGAAGGCAGGAAGUGGGAGUGCUGAAGCGCUGCCAGAAAGCAGAUGUGAAGCCUGUGGAGAGCAGAAGCAGGGGAGCAGUGAAAAGCAAUGAGAAUGGGCUGCUGUGGGUUUGGCAGCAGGAGGACUACCCACCCAAGGAGCAGCAGAAGGGAAAGAGAAGCAGGGUGCAUGACCGUAGUGCUGUACAGAAUGCUCAGCAACGGAGAGGGGGUCCAUUGAUUGACUUGACAAACAUGACCACCCUGCAAAAUGACACACAGAAUUCAACGACCGCGGUUGAGUCAGUUGGGAUAAGCAAUGGCGGAAAGGCUGUGAGUGAUUGCAUUGACUUGGUUCACCUGGGUAACGAUGACAGCCCUGGUGGAAUGCGUGGAAGAGGACAGGCAGGAGGAGGAAGCAAGCUCGUGAGAAGAGACAGCGUCCAUGGUGGACCAAACAGAUGGGUUUCUUCUGGCAAGCAUGAAGUGGUGGACUUGGACACUCCAGAGUCUGUCACCGUGAAGGUGGCUUUGAGGGGAAAUGCCAUGCUUCAAGAGGCAGGAGGAGGCUGUCUAUUGGCUUCUAAACUCGACUUCGCGGUUCUAGUUCCAUCGUCCAAGAAAUGCAUAAGAUUCAUCGGGACUGGACCUUCAUGGUCAACGAUAAUCUGUUUCGACGCAUUCAACGGAAAAGCUCGACCUCCGCAUGCACGUCGCGCCUUAGGCGAUCGUACGACUCAUGUAUACAACACGUACGAUUGUGCCACAGUUCAGGUGGAGGCUUCAGGCAUUACUAUGGUUAACAUUGUCAUCGUCAACCAAUCAAGGCCAGGCUGUGGCGGUCAGUCACGGCAAAAUCAGGCAGUGGCGUUUCGCACGUCGGGAGACGAGGUUCAGCUCCAUGGGUGCUGGCUACGAAGCUGGCAAGCGACGCUUUACGCUCAUCAAGGGCGGCAGGUGAGCACCCUCCUAGUCGACAUUGGAAUCUAA